AUGUCAUCUCUUUCCCACGCUGAACGUGCAAGUGUUGCUACUGGAGCUGCGUAUGGAGGUGGAGGAAAUGCUGAUGGGACCAGUGGCCCUCACAAAUCAAGCUCUGGUGCUUGGACACCAGUGAAACCUUGGAGUACAAUUUUUCAUGGAGGAAGAGGAUUCCUCUUCCCUACUUUAAAAGUAAACCAGCCACGUAAUCAAAACGCUACAGAUCGCGGCCAUCCAGCGAGUGGUCCUUCGGCAAGGGGAGGAAGUGCUUCGCGCUCUCACGUGCCUCCAGGUCGAGCCAUUCCUCGUGCAGAUGUUAACAACAGCCAAGAUCAGCCUCAAAUAACACCGUUUGGACAAAGAUUCGGUUAG